AGCAAUAUAAAAUGCUUUUGCAAUCGAAUGCCUGCGAUCGCGAAUCCCAUAUAAAUUGAUUAAUCUCUCGCUGAUAUUCUCUUAUCUCGUGCCAAGAGGCCUCCUCAAUCACCUCAUUACUUACUUUUCACAUGCCAUCCUCCGCACACCGCAGUCUUCUAGCUGUUAUAUCUGCUGCCACCCUCGUCGCCAGGCUCGGGUCUGAUUAAGAAGACAUAGUCGUCUCAUUUUAUGUAUGGGAUAAUGUUUCUCUGUUUUCGACAAUGACAACAUCCAAACAAGUCAGCCGAAUCGCGGUCAUUGGCGCUGGCCCAUCCGGUCUCGCCGCAGUCAAAUAUCUCCUCGCUGAGAAAUGCUUUGAUAAAAUUGAUGUCUUCGAGAAGCGGAGUGCUACUGGUGGUGUGUGGAAUUACUCCCCCGGGGCACUGAAGAGGGAACUGCCCACCCCAGUACCACAACUCAAUCCAAAUAGGCCGCUUGAAGAUCCCGUCUGGAGUCCAACGGGUCCAAAGGAUGGGGCAAGCGAGGUGACAUUUGUCUCUCCCAUUUAUGACACGUUGGAAGCGAACCUGCCCAAAGAAUUGAUGCGAUUCUCGGAUAAGCUAUUCCCUGAUGAGGAACAGGUUCUCCCGAGGCACUCAGUGGUCAAGAGAUAUCUUCAUGGAUAUGCAGAGGAUGUGAAGGACUUGAUCCAGUUGGAGACUCAAGUACAAGACUUGAGACCAAAUUCUUCCGGGGCCAAUGACUGGGCGUUGACGACAACGAAUUUGCGCACCGGAGACGACAAGACGGACUCUUACGAUGCCGUGGUCGUUGCCAGCGGUCACUACGAUGCCACCUAUUUGCCAGACAUUCCUGGAAUUCGAGAAUGGAAUAAGGCGUAUCCAAAGGUCAUAUCUCAUUCCAAGCAUUAUGACUCGCCACCGAUAUUUCGUGAUAAGAAGGUCGUGGUAGUAGGGAGCUCUGCGUCUGCGAUUGAUAUUGGUGCUCAGAUAAGCGAAGUGAGCAAAGGGAAGCUGCUGGUUUCAGAGCGUUCCGAAUCUUACCUGCAGCCGCCUCCGACUACCGAUAAAAUCUAUUUCCCUGAGAUCGUGGAAUUUUUACCGUCAGCCAACCAUGACCGGGCCAUUCGAUUUGCAAACGGCCGAGUUGAAAGUGAAAUCGAUGCAAUUGUGUUCUGUACCGGCUAUCUAUACUCGUUUCCCUUCUUGUCUUCGCUUGACCCACCUGUCAUCACCGAUGGUCGCAGGACGGUAAAUACAUACCAGCACCUUUUCUAUACAUACAACCCGACCCUGGUAUUUCCUCUCAUUACACAGAGAAUUGUACCAUUCCCGUUUGCUGAAAGCCAGGCGGCAGUCUUUGCCCGUGUCUGGUCUGGCCGCCUUAGCCUUCCCUCACAGGCUGAGAUGAUAGCCUGGGAAAAAGACUUGAUUGCCGAAAAAGGCAAUGGAACUUUCUUUCAUUAUCUACCAUACCCACAAGAUGCAGAUAGUAUCGACCUACUUUACAACUGGGCCGCGAGUGCUAAAAAGCGCCCCGGGCUGGCCAAUGACGGAGCUGGGAAGCUGCCCCCUCUGUGGGGGGAGAAGGAACGAUGGUUGCGAUGUCACUUCCCGGACAUACGGAAGGCAUUUAUCGAACAAGGCGAAGCUAGACGGAACAUCAGAAGCGUUGCUGAACUCGGUUAUGGCUAUGAACAGAGGAGGGAACGAGAGCAAGAGUCUAAACUAUAGACUACAGUCGCGAACAUAGUUACAUAGAUUAGCCACAUAAUACACAUAUAGGCUAUUGAUUAUAGAGUAAUUCAGAAAUCAGAUACAAAUUUGAAG